AACCAAUGGAGCGCGUCUUUUGCUAAAAUCAGGCAAAUUGGAUUCGCAUUUUAGCUCGCUGUGCAGCGAGCAUUUUUAUUUUGUUGAAAAUUAAGGGCCGGCAUGUGUCUUUUUUCCCCCUCAUUGGUUCACAUCAAAAAUCACUACAUAAAAAUAUAGUGCGGUAGAUAUACAUACACAUUUUUCGUCUUGUUCUUUUGGCAGCAAUAUCGGUAUAAAUCCUCGGGAGUUUAUAAUCAGCUACCUCAUAGAAUAGCAAUUCGAUAGUGCCCAAAAGCCGGAAAGAUGUCUGACGAUCAGAGUCGUGGACGCCGCCGUCCGUCCCGGGAGUAUCAUUCAUCAGAACCAGGCACCUCCCGCCGACCCCGGGAACGUUCCAUUUCAGAAGAACCGAAACCGAAAGUAAUUAAAACAGAAGUAGUUGACUCGCCCGAUCGUUAUUCGAGAGCCUCUUCCUCAAACGUAAGUGUUAAGAGAGAACCCGAAUCACCGGAACAUCGCAGGAGUCCAUCAGCUGCUUCAAAUGUAUCGGUCAAGAAGGAGGAGCCAGACGAUUAUGACGAGCGUGUCAAAAAAGAACCACGCGAUAGAAAUCGCGGUGAGGCGUCAACAUCAAGAAGUGCCCGAGAUCGUGUCAAUCGCUAUGAAGUAUCUUUAGUUUAUACCAAGCCCUCCGAUGUUAUUAGCAAAACUGGCUCUCUGGGCAAAGAAAUUACACUGCAGACAAAUUAUUUCCGUUUAAUCAAAACACCAACUUGGAAAAUUCAUCAAUAUCAUGUGACUUUUGCUCCCGAAAUUGAGUUGAGACGUCUAAAGAGUGGCAUACUAUCGGAACAUCGCGAAUUAUUGGGUGGCUACUUAUAUGAUGGAUCUAAACUAUUCACCACCACCAAACUGAAGGAAGAGAAGACCAUACUUCACACAAAAUCUAAACAGGGUGAAAACUUCGUUAUCACCAUCAAAUAUGUGGGCGUCAUAUCCAUGACAGAAUGGCAAUCGUUGCAAAUUCUAAAUUUGAUUUUAAGGCGUUCCAUGGAAGGUUUGAAACUUCAACUAGUUGGACGUAAUUUUUAUGAUCCUGUUGCAAAGAUUGAUUUGCGUGAAUAUCGCAUGCAAUUGUGGCCCGGCUAUCAGACUUCAAUUAGACAACAUGAAAAAGAUAUUCUGCUGUGUGCUGAGAUUGCCCACAAAGUCAUGCGUACGGAAACUGUGUAUGAUAUUUUCAGACGCUGCCAAGAAAAUGCCCGUGAUUUCAGAGAAGACUUUAAAAGGCACAUUAUUGGCCUUACUGUUUUAACAGAUUACAAUAAUAAAACCUAUCGCAUUAAUGACAUCGAUUUUCAAAAAACACCCAGAGAGACCUUUAGUAUGAAAGGUGAAAAAGUAACAUUCAUGGAUUACUAUUACCAGAAAUACAAUAUUCGCAUACGUGAUCCGCAGCAACCUUUAUUGAUAUCCAAAGCAAAAGAGCGGUCAUUGCGUGGAGGUGAGAAAGAGGUGGUCAUACUAAUACCCGAACUUUGUCGUGCCACCGGCCUUAAUGAUAGCAUGCGUAAUAAUUUCCAACUCAUGAGAGCUAUGGCUGAUCACACCCGUAUGAAUCCCGAUAGACGUAUUGACCGUUUGCGCACCUUUAACGAUCGUCUGCAACAAACAGAAGACAGUGUGCGCAUUUUAACCGAUUGGAACAUGAAACUGGACACACGGUUGGUUGAGGUGAAGGGACGUAUUUUGGAUCAACAAAAAAUCGUUUUUAGAGACCACAGAAAAGAACCUUCUGGCGAGCAAGCUGAUUGGACCAGGCAUUGUCGCAGUAUGGGCAUGUUUACCACUCCUUCACGCGGUUUAGAACGCUGGGCUGUUAUUGCAACAAAUCGUAAUUCAAGAGAUUUACGCAAUUUUGUCGAGUCACUUAUCCGUGCAGCCAAUGGCAUGAACAUGCGGAUGGAAAGACCUAGAGAGGUUAUGAUAUAUGAUGACCGCAAUCAUAGUUUUAUACAAGCAAUGGAAGAAUGCUGCCGGCAAGAUCCCCAGCUUAUCAUGUGUUUGGUACCAAACAACAAUGCCGAAAGAUACGCUUCAAUCAAAAAGAAGGGCUGUCUAGAACGUGCAGUUCCUACCCAAGUUAUAACACAAAAAUCUGCCGGAAAUCAACGUGGCCUCAUGAGUAUUUGCACAAAAGUGGCCAUACAGAUCAACUGUAAGCUUGGCUACACACCUUGGAUGAUUGAUGUACCCCUUUCUGGUCUAAUGACCAUUGGCUAUGAUGUGGCGAAAAGUGCUCGUGAUAAAUCGAAGGCUUAUGGUGCUUUAGUUGCCACCAUGGACUUAAAAGUUAAUGCCACCUUUUAUAGCACAGUGGCAGAGUGUAGCUCUCACGAUGUUUUGGCUAAUAGUCUGUGGCCCAUGAUGACCAAAGCUUUGCGUCAGUACAAAAAAGAACAUGACAAGUUGCCAAAUCGGAUUUUGUUCUAUCGCGAUGGUGUGGGCGAAGGUUCAUUGAAACAGGUUUACGAACAUGAAGUCAAGGACAUCGUAGAGAAGCUGGAGCAAGAAUACAAGCGAGCCAGAAUGGAAAAACCUCCAAUGUUUGCCUAUGUCGUUGUCACAAAAUCGAUUAAUACGCGUGUUUUCGCCCGUGGCCGCAAUCCCCCACCUGGAACAGUGGUCGACGAUGUUGUCACUUUGCCCGAGCGUUACGAUUUCUAUUUGGUAUCCCAGUCAGUACGCCAGGGCACAGUUGCUCCCACCAGUUACAAUGUCGUCUAUAGCAAUAUUCGCCUCACACCCGACCAAAUGCAAUUGUUAACCUACAAAAUGACCCAUUUGUAUUACAACUGGUCCGGCACCACAAGAGUACCCGCUGUCUGCCAAUACGCCAAGAAACUGGCCUCUUUGGUGGCCUCCAGUUUGUAUCAGCCCCCGCAGAAUGCUUUAGAAAAGAAACUUUACUAUUUGUAAGAAGUUUGAGUUCAUUUAUCGAUUUCAUUUAAUCUCAAACCAAUCUUAAAUUACUUGUUUUGUUUAUAUAUUAAGAUUAACAUUUCAUUUAGCAGCAGCCACAGCUACUCUUAGAAACUGUGUUCAAACAGUUUGAUUUACACUUUCAUAUGAAAAAAAAAACAAAACAAAAAUUACUUCCCACUACUUAUUUUUGAGCCAGAAAAUAUGUUUGUUUUACGUGUGAAAAAAAAAAACAAUUCUUUACAUUGUUGUUCGUCUACAUAUUUUGUGUAAAAUUUAAGCAUUAUCUCAUUCGAACAAAAAUCUAUGUACAAUAGUUUUCAGCAUGUUACUACCCAAAGCUUGGGCUAUUGGCAGCACUUACCAUUUGCGAAACAAUCUACUAAUGCCAGUAAUGUUUUUUCUUUUUUUUUAAUUUUCUCACACAUUAAAAUCUUGACAUGCAUGUAGAGAUCGUUUUCAUUUCAUACUUUUCAAUAUAUAAUUUUCUUUUUAAUUUUAUCUGAAUUUUCAAAAUAAAAACACAUUUUACGGUAUUGUAACCAA